UGACCUAUGUAAUAUCAAAACAGCAAUACAGAAACGUCAAUUCAAAGUAAAAGUAAACGGAUUGCACCAUUGUGUGGAAGUUUCUUGCUACUUCACUGUAUAUUUUAUCAAAAAUUGUGAAUAGUGGAAACUGUAAACUGUCAACGAACCUUUUAAAACAUUUUAUUUGAUUGAAUGAAGUUACUAUGAGGAUUUUGCAGUUACUCAAGCGUGAAUUUAGUACGCGUUCUUUGUCAACCAGCUUGAAGGGUAAAACAAUCGCGAUCAGGAGGGAGGAUCAAUCAGUAUGGGAAAGAAGAGCACCUUUAGCGCCCGCGAAUGUCCGUCGAUUAAUUAGAGCGGGGGUGAAGGUGAUUGUGCAACCAAGCAACAGGAGGGCUUAUCCUGCACAAUCAUAUCAAGCUGCAGGCGCUAUAUUACAGGAAGACAUUAGUUCUGCCUCUGUAAUUUUUGGGGUGAAGCAAGUCCCUGUCGAUCAGCUUAUAUCUAAUAAAACGUAUUGCUUCUUUUCUCAUACUAUUAAAGCACAGGAGAGUAACAUGCCUCUCCUAGAUGCUAUUUUAGAAAAAAAUAUACGUUUGUUGGAUUAUGAAAAAUUAACGGAUGUCAAUGGACAAAGGGUGGUAGCUUUUGGAAAGUAUGCUGGUGUAGCUGGUAUGGUGAACAUACUGCAUGGACUUGGAUUGAGAUUGUUGGCCCUUGGACAUCACACACCCUUUAUGCACAUUGGACCAGCGCAUAAUUAUAGAGAUUCAGCAAUGGCCCGACAAUCAAUUCGAGAUGCGGGUUACGAAAUAGCAUUAGGUGCUAUGCCGAAAUCUAUUGGGCCACUGACCUUUGUGUUUACUGGCAGCGGCAAUGUCAGUCAAGGUGGUCAAGAAGUCUUCCAAGAACUUCCACAUGAAUACGUACCACCAGAAAUGUUGAAAAAAGUCGCUGAACAUGGCGAUACAACAAAAAUAUAUGGGUGCGAGGUAAGACGAAGACAUCAUCUAGAGAGGAAAGAAGGAGGUGGUUUUGAUCCCGAUGAAUAUGAUAAGCAUCCUGAGAGAUAUAUUUCCACUUUCAGCAAAAAGAUUGCACCAUAUGCCUCAGUCAUUAUAAAUGGUAUAUACUGGGCUAUUGAUUCGCCAAAGUUACUGACAUUACCGGAUGCUAAAUAUUUACUAAGGCCAGCUUAUACUCCUUGGUUACCUAUAAGUGUUGGUGCCCCAGCCCUCCCUCAUAGAAUGUUAGCCAUCUGUGAUAUAUCUGCUGAUCCUGGAGGCAGUAUUGAAUUUAUGAACGAGUGUACAACGAUCGACACGCCAUUUUGUUUGUAUGAUGCUGAUCGUAAUAAGGACACCAAAUCCUUCAAGGGUCCAGGAGUCUUAGUGUGUUCAAUAGACAAUAUGCCAACUCAACUUCCAAAAGAAUCGACAGAUUUCUUUGGAAAUCUUUUGUAUCCAUAUGUGUUGGAUAUUAUUCAAUCCGAUGCCAAGUUACCAUUGGAAGAACACAAAUUUAGCCCAGCAGUGCAGGAUGCAAUAAUUGCAUCUAAUGGACGGUUGACUCCAAAUUUCGAAUAUAUUCAGGAUCUGAGGUUACUAAAUCAGCGAAGCAAACAUAAAGCAGAUAACAAAGAACCGCAGAAUAAAACGGUGGUUGUACUGGGUGCAGGAUACGUUUCCGCACCAUUAGUCGAAUAUUUACAUAGAGCUAGCAAUAUACGAUUGAUCGUUGCAUCCCAAUUAAAGGAAGAGGCUGAUGUAUUAGCAAAUAAGUUUUCCGGAGUGGAACCAAUUUUUCUGAAUGUAUUAGAACGACCGGAUACUUUAAAAGACAUUGUUCAAUCUGCAGAUGUAGUAGUUUCAUUACUACCUUAUUCUCUACAUCAUGUUGUUGCUAAAGCUUGUAUAAGCGCUAAAACUCAUUUGGUAACUGCAAGUUACAUGAACGAGGAGGUGAAAGCUUUGCAUGAUGAGGCAGUAGCAGCAGAUGUAACAAUACUCAACGAGGUAGGUUUAGAUCCUGGAAUCGAUCAUCUAUUGGCUUUAGAAUGUUUCGACAAUGUGAAGCAAGCUGGUGGAAAAAUAGAAUCUUUCGUGUCUUGGUGUGGAGGUUUACCAGCGCCAGAGUGUUCCGACAAUCCAUUACGUUAUAAAUUCAGUUGGUCACCGCGAGGAGUAUUAUCAAAUACCUUAGCAGCAGCAAAAUAUUAUUAUGACAAGCAAGUAAUCGAAAUACCAGCUGGUGGAAAUUUAAUGUCUGCUGCUCAAGAUUUAGACUUUUUACCAGGAUUCGCUUUAGAGGGCUAUCCAAACAGAGAUAGUACCAUCUAUAAAGAAUUGUACGGAAUAAAUAAUGCCAACAUAGUACUACGCGGCACUUUAAGAUUUAAAGGGUUUUGCGACACAGUACGAGCAUUGCAAUAUCUUGGCCUCGUUGAUCCGAAUCCUCAUCCAUGUCUGCACCCAAAUGGACCAGAUAUAACUUGGAGAGUACUCAUAUGUAAUUUAUUAGGCUUAGCAAAUGAUAACAUCUUUUACGAAAAUCUUAAAAGAAAGUUAGGGGACGUAUUAAAUUCGGAUGCUGCUGUGCAUGCAAUUGAGGACUUAGGACUUCUUAAAGAGGAUUUAGUGUUAAAAUUAAACACUCCCCUUGAUACAGUGACACAUUAUUUGUCGAAGAAAUUGAGCUAUGAGCAGAAUGAAAGAGAUCUCGUGAUCUUGAGACAUGAUAUUGGCAUACUUUGGCCAGAUAACAGACGGGAAACGAAAGGAAUUAAUUUGGUGUUGUAUGGAGAUGAGAAAGGGCAUUCUGCAAUGGCGCGCACGGUUGGAUAUCCAACUGCCAUUGCUGUGAAAAUGAUCCUUGACGGUGAAAUCCAACAAAGGGGCGUAGUACUUCCGUUCACUGCAGAUAUUUAUCGACCUUUAUUGAAUCGUCUGAAGGCAGAAGGAAUGGAGUUCUUUGAGACGUCGAAGUGGCACUAAUUGUUUAUCAAUUAAUAAUUUACAACAUAUUGUAUAAAUAAAAUUUAAUAAUCAAAUAAGUUUUUGUAAAUAAAUCAUUCUCACUAAUUCUAUUGUAGACAUUUGUAAACAUGGCAAUAGAUACGUGUAUCGGAUACUA